CUUUGAGGAUGAAUGCAAUUGUAUUUACUGUGUUUCUGGCAAUUUUGUCCCCAGCUUAUGGUGUCGGCGAUUUUGAAGGCUUAGGUCUCUACAAAAAAGUCAUGUGUGUCGCAGAAUACGCAAAGUGGAGGGAAGAACUGAUAGGAUGCAUGAAUCAUUAUGACGGACCUGACGUUUGGAAAUUAGUGAAAGGUUGCUACGAUGGAUUCAAAAAAGAGAAUAAUGUUGUGGAAACAUACAUUCAAUUUAACUGCCAAAAAGAAGUAAGCGAAGUGGCGGAGCUUCUACAUUGUAUCAUUCAUGAGCUUACCACCUCUUCUGAACAUGGCGAAGAGUAUAAAAUUCGACUCCAGAAAUGUCAUGUAAGUAUCCUUGCAUUUUAAUAAGUUUUGCAU